CCGUUUUUGUGACCUCACAUUCAACAAGGUUUUGCCAAAUACUGUAAUAAAAAACAUUUUGGGAAAACAGUUUGCUGCACCGCGAGGCUUUCAUAGUUUGGGCCGAUUCAGGCACCAGUACCAUGCACAUGAGUGAUUUGGCAGGGUCUUCGUAUCCGAUUUCGCAUAUCCGGUGUUGCUAAAAUAGUUUCAAAUUGUUGCCAGAAAUCUCGCACUCCUUCAUCUUCAGUGCGGCAGGAAUCAUCACCCCCUCCCCAGCUCUUCUCCCACCCUCGGCUCCCCGCCCGCCUGCAACGCAACGCUCCUCUCGCCGGGCUGCGCUCGAUCAACCGAGCAUCCACAGCGCCUCCAAAUUGGUUUGUCAUUUCUGACCCUUCUCUCUCUCUCUCUCUGUUGACCACGGUCCUCUGCUCCGCUGCGCCCUGCGUCUGUGGACUUCAGCAGAAGUCAGUAAGAACAUAGAGGCAGCCGACAAAGAUAAAGAGAGAGAAAGGAGAGGGAGGGAGGGAAGGAUACAGACUGACGGAUAGAGAGAGAGAGAUACGCCUCUGUCCUCCUCCAGCACUUCACUGGACUUAGUGCAUUUGGAAGGACGCGUUACAUCCUCCAGUGUGAGCGCUGAUCGGGAUACUGAGCACGCAGCUAUUGGUUUAUAACACCCUCAUCUCCAUCCCCAAUUUUUUCCCCACGUCUUUUGGUGCGGCAGCGAGAAGAAACCACAGACCCGGAUUCGAGGCGCCAAUCAGUGAAAUUAUUUAUCGAUUGGAAAAGAUAUAUUUCUAUCCAAGAUCUACGCUGUGGGGACUGUAUAUGAGAGCGCAGGAAGGGUUAUUCCUGACUCCUCUGUGCGCUGGAUGUGUAUAAAUGCGCCUUCGUCGCUGCGACUGGUGAUACGGACUAGGACGUCCAGCUGCCAUUGAGAUGUGAUUCUCUGGGGUUUCAUUUCACUUUGACAAAGCAAAGCACACUUUAACAGGUCUGUAUGGUGUCAGGGACACUGAGCUGUGACAGAAACAGCUCACCACAGGAGCGUCUGGGCUCAGCAGGAAGUACCUCUGUAUCUACUUCCAGGUCAACCUCAGACGCCAUGUGGAUCAGAUGCCUGCUCUUCGUCUCCACCUUGUUUGCUCCCAUUUCCAUAGCCUACGGCCGUGCCCCCAUCCCCAUGGCAGUGGUGCGCAGGGAGCUGUCCUGUGAGUCCUACCCUAUCGAGCUACGCUGCCCAGGGACUGAUGUCAUCAUGAUCGAGAGCGCCAACUACGGCCGCACAGAUGACAAGAUCUGUGACUCCGACCCCGCCCAGAUGGAGAACACACGAUGCUACCUGCCCGAUGCAUACAAGAUCAUGUCACUCAGAUGCAACAACCGUACCCAAUGUGCAGUGGUGGCUGGACCUGAUGUCUUCCCUGACCCCUGUCCUGGAACAUACAAAUACCUGGAAGUUCAAUAUGAGUGUGUCCCAUACAAAGUCGAACAGAAAGUAUUUCUGUGCCCUGGCAUUCUGCGAGGGGUCUACCAAAGUGAGCACCUCUUUGAGUCGGAUCACCAGUCAGGUGCUUGGUGCAAAGACCCACUGCAGGCCUCAGAUAAGAUCUACUACAUGCCCUGGACGCCGUAUCGCACAGACACCCUGACAGAGUACUCAUCCAAGGAGGACUUCAUCGCAGGGCGUCCCACCACCACCUACAAACUCCCGCAUCGUGUAGAUGGGACUGGUUUUGUCGUCUAUGAUGGUGCGCUUUUCUUCAACAAAGAGCGUACUCGCAACAUCGUCAAGUUUGACCUGCGCACUCGCAUCAAGAGCGGCGAGGCUAUUAUCGCCAACGCAAACUACCACGACACCUCUCCAUACCGCUGGGGGGGCAAAUCGGACAUUGAUCUUGCAGUGGACGAGAAUGGACUGUGGGUGAUCUAUGCAACAGAGCAGAACAACGGGCGCAUCGUUGUGAGCCAGCUCAACCCGUACACCCUGCGCAUCGAAGGUUCAUGGGACACGAGCUACGACAAACGCUCGGCCUCCAAUGCUUUCAUGAUCUGUGGAGUCCUGUAUGUAGUCAAAACCGUUUACGAAGACGAUGACAAUGAAGGGACGGGGAACAAAAUCGACUAUAUGUACAACACAGAUAAGAGCAAGGAGGUGACAGUCAACAUACCGUUCCCUAAUUCCUACCAGUACAUCGCUGCAGUGGAUUACAACCCCAGAGACAACCUGCUGUACGUGUGGAAUAACUACCAUGUGGUCAAGUACUCGCUGGACUUCGGCAACAACGACUAUCGCCCACCUCCCAUGAUGCCUCCAAGCCGAGGAGGAGGAGGAGGUGGGGGAGGAGGAGGAGUUGGAGGAGGAAGUUCAAUAGGCGGUGGUGGUUCCUCCUCUUCAUCUACCAGCCGCACCACCACCACUCGUUCUCCCCCUUACUUCACAACCCCGCGGCCUCUCCUCACCACCUCACCCGGCCAGCGUUAUCGAACCACCACCACGAUUCGCCAGCCCAUUCUGAUUCCCGCUGGGGGCUCGUCAUCCGACACCAACCAGAUCCCUGACAUCAACCAGAAAGCUGGAGGACGCUCUCCUCCGAUGCAGCAGGUCCCUCCCGCAGCUCCACAGCCUCCUGCCCUGCCUCCUCAAGACUUCUGCAAUCCGAGGGUGACAGCGGACAUAUCAUGGCCCCGGACACAGCAAGGCCAGAUAGCCAAGCAACCGUGCCCUGUAGGGACACUGGGCGUAGCCACAUACAUGUGCGUGGCCCACGUGGGCUACUGGGAUCCCCAAGGCCCUGACCUCAGCAACUGCACGUCGCCCUGGGUCAACCACAUCAUGCAGAAACUGCGUUCUGGGGAGACAGCAGCGAUCGUGGCUCGGGAGCUGGCAGAGCAGACCAAAGGGCUUCUGCGUCCUGGCGAUGUUCCAUCCACAGUGCGUGCUAUGGCCCAACUGGUUGAACUUCUGGAUGUACAGCUGAGGAACCUCACCCCUGGGGGAAAGGACAGCGCCGCCCGCAGCCUUACCAAGGCUAUGGUGGAGACUGUGAAUAAUUUGCUGCAGCCACGAGCCCAGGCGGCGUGGAGAGAGCUGCCCACCAGUGAGCAGGUGCACUCGGCCACUCUGCUCCUUGACACCGUGGAAACUGGCGCUUUUAUGCUAGCUGACAACCUCCUCAAGACUGACACUGUGCAGGAAACCACUGACAACAUCCAACUGGAAGUGGCCAGGCUGAGCACGGAUGGGAACCUAGCCGACCUGACAUUCCCUCAGUCUGAACUACACGGAAACUCCAUCCAGUUGUCAGCCAGCACUCUCAAACAGCACGGCAGAAACGGUGAGAUCAGGAUGGCCUUUGUCCUGUACAGGAACUUGGGUGCCUACCUGUCCACAGAGAAUGCCAGCGUCAGACUGAGCAGCGAGGCGGUCUACCCUAAUUACUCUGUGAUCGUCAACUCCCCGGUCAUCACAGCGUCCAUUAACAAGGAGAGCAAUAAGGUUUACCUGUCUGAACCUGUGGUCUUCACUGUCAAACACCUGCAGCAUUCGGAGGAGAACUUCAAUCCCAACUGUUCGUUCUGGAGCUACUCCAAGCGCACCAUGACGGGAUUCUGGUCGACGCAGGACUGUCGUCUGCUGGCAACAAAUCGCACACACACCAGCUGCUCCUGCACACACCUCACCAGCUUUGCAGUGCUCAUGGCCCACGUGGAGGUCAAGAAAGCAGACAGCAUGCACGACCUGCUCCUAGACGUAAUCACCUGGGUGGGGAUCCUGCUGUCGCUGGUCUGCCUUCUUAUCUGCAUCUUCACCUUCUGCUUCUUCCGCGGACUGCAGAGUGACCGCAACACCAUCCAUAAGAACCUGUGUAUCAGCCUCUUCAUCGCUGAGUCACUGUUCCUGGUCGGGAUCAACAGAGCUGAUCAGCCGAUUGCCUGUGCAGUCUUUGCGGCCCUGCUCCAUUUCUUCUUCUUGGCAGCCUUCACCUGGAUGUUCCUGGAAGGCGUGCAGCUCUACAUCAUGCUGGUUGAGGUGUUUGAGAGCGAGCACUCCAGGACUAAGUACUUCUACCUGGCAGGAUAUGGAGUGCCGGCUGUCAUAGUGGCCGUCUCCGCCGCAGUGGACUACAGGAGCUACGGCACCGACCGAGUGUGCUGGCUGCGAUUGGAUACCUACUUUAUCUGGAGCUUCAUAGGCCCGGCUACACUCAUCAUUAUGCUCAAUGUUAUCUUCCUGGGUAUCGCUCUGUAUAAGAUGUUCCAUCACACAGCCAUCCUCAAACCAGACUCUGGAUGUCUGGACAACAUCAAGUCUUGGGUGAUCGGUGCCAUAGCCCUGCUGUGUCUUCUGGGUCUGACCUGGGCGUUCGGGCUGAUGUACAUCAACGAAAGCACUGUCAUCAUGGCCUACCUCUUCACAAUCUUCAACUCUCUGCAGGGCAUGUUCAUCUUCAUCUUCCACUGCAUACUGCAGAAGAAGGUGCGUAAGGAGUACGGAAAAUGUCUGCGUACUCACUGCUGCAGCGGCAAGAGCGUUGAGACGUCUAUCUCCUCCUCAAGCAAGACCACCACCUCACGGACACCCGGCCGCUACUCCACAGGCUCACAGGUGAGCUUACCUGCCUGCACACCUGGACGCUACAGCACAGCAGAUUCUCAGAGUCGUAUCAGGCGGAUGUGGAACGACACUGUGAGGAAACAGGAGUCUUCCUUCAUCACAGGAGACAUCAACAGCUCUGCCACGCUCAACAGAGUCUAUAACAACCCAGCCGUGGGCAUGUACAACACUCAAGAGGGCAUCCUGAACAACGCAAGAGACUCCAGUGUCAUGGACACCCUCCCUCUUAAUGGUAACCAUGCCAACAACUACAGCAUGGCCAGCAGCGAGUAUUUGAGCGACUGCGUCCAGAUCCUGGACCGCAGCGGUGGCUACGGCACCCACAGCAACCACAAAGAGACAACUCUGGAGAAGAAGAUCCUUAAAGAGCUGACGUCUAAUUACAUCCCGUCAUAUCUCAACAACCACGAGAGAGCCACCACAGAGCGCAAUCACAACCUGAUGAACAAGCUGGUCAACAGCAGCAUGGCCAAUGGAGGGAGCAUGGCAGGAGGCAGCAGCAGCAGCAGCAGCAGUGGAGUGAGUGGAUGUGUGGGCAGCGGUAAAGAGGACAACGGUACCAUGGUGCUGGACAACCCUGCAGCCUUCCCCCACGAGGAGAAUCUUGGUUUGGAGAUCAUCAGAGAGGAGUCAAACGCUCCUCUCCUGCCCCCACGGCCUCCUCCACCUGAUAGCCAUCCCCCGCCUCCACCCCCGCCCCACAGCUUUGCAAGGCCAAGGCGCAUUCCCCAGGAGACCAGCGAGAGCUUCUUCCCCCUGCUGACCAAUGAGCACACUGAUGAGCACACGCAGUCACCCAACCACAGAGACUCGCUGUACACCAGCAUGCCCGUGUUGACGGACCUCCCAGACGGGCAGAUGAACGGUUUAACGGACGGAGAGGAAGACAGCUCAGGGGAGCUGCAGCCUUGUAAGAGCGCAACCGCUCCAGAGCUAGAUGACGUCUAUUAUAAGAGCAUGCCAAACCUGGGCUCCAGGAAUCACCUUCAUGAGCUGCAGAGCUACUACCACAUGGGCCGAGGUGGCAGCGAUGGAUACAUGGUGUCCGGUAGUAAGGAGGAAUCAGAUUCAUCACCUGAGGAGCCGCCCAUAGACCCUGCUCACCUGGUUACCAGUCUAUAGAGCCAAUCAAGAGACUUCUAUCCCUCCCCUGGCCUACCUCUCGCACAUCCGACUCUCCAAUGAAAACAUUCUGUGAUGCAGACUGAUAGACUGAGCUUGCCCAAGCCUGGAUUGAUGUAUUGUUAGACAUUAACCGUGGUUCAUGACAAUAUGGUUAAGACAUGGCCGGUGAAAUAGAAGCAGGAACUGAAUGUAUUGUCAAAAGUGGUCCAGACUGACAGGGCUGUUCUGAGACAAAUGGAACUUUUAAGCUGGAAGAGAGAGGAAGGGGGAGGGAUUCUGUAAUUUUACUCUACCUGUUACUUCAAUUUGGAUUCUUGGUUUGACAGAAGCCCUACAAGUUCCUCAAUAUGGACCUCUCGCAGAUCAUAGCAUAUAGCCUCCACUACCACAACUACAGGGGCGCUGCCCCCAGCCCUGGUAAAGGAGCUGCCUGUUUGUCCGUCUGUCCGUCUCUCUCUGUCUCACUCUCAAAAACACCUACAGGGAUAAUGUUUCCAACUCUCCAAAUGGUUGAGCAGGAUAUUAAACUCUGGUGUUCACGAAAUAAACUGGCCUUAACAAGGCCCCACCCCACUACCUGCCAAUCAAGUGGAGGAUGUAUGAUAUAUGCUCUCACUAUGGAUCAUCCCAAAAAACUUUUUUUAUUGGGCAACCAAACUGUAACCAUAUCACACUGAUGUUCUGAAUUCUCUUCCUGUUCGUAUCUGCUAAACUGGAGUCGUGUCUGGGCUGGUGUAACAUUCCUGCAAGUUGUAGUGACUGCGGCUAAUGUGUAUUUCACUGAAAACAAAGAAGGAACAUCAUAUUACAGCAGACUGAAUUAAAAAAAAAACAACAGGUUCCGUUUCUUCUUCUUUCUUCUGUAAAAGUUAUUUCAGUUCUCAAAGGAUUCUGAAGAAAUCACAAACUGUUUCUAUGUAUUGUACAGAAUACAGAUACAGAUACAAAUGUUGCAUAUGACCAAGUCUUUUAUUUUUUACUUUUGAGUUGCAAACCUUUUGUCUGUGGAACUGUUCGGAAACGUCAUGAUAUGUUCUGGUCAUGUGUAGACCACGGAACGAGCAAGGAACAAUCUUUCAUGUCACUCUUUCUUACAUACAGAGACAGUAACGCACUCCUUCAUUAACGCGCUUAUACCCUUCACACACUUCAUCCUGGUCCUUUUAUAGCAACGUCACUGGCACUUACAUUUUGCAAAUCAAUUGUUUCUAUAUACUUUACCACUGUGUAGAUGAAAAAAACAAAGGGAAGAUGAAGUGGAAAAGUUGUGUGAGAGAGGGUUAGUAUGGAAAAGCUACAUUUUAGUCUUUGCUGGAAGUGGGUCUCAUCUCAUUCGUUCUUGAUAAAGCAUUUCCCUCCUUUAGGCACAACAAUGGUUUAUGAAACAUGUCCUCUCUGUUGCCAAAUAUUCUACAAAUUGACAUAACUUUGCUGUGCUGGUCGAGUUUUUCUUGUAAAAAAAAAAGCUGAGUAAAAUAAAUAUUCUCUAAACUUAAAAAAUGUUCUAUUGAAAAAAAAGCGGGUUUCACUUGUGAAAUGCCAUGAAUACACCAUUUAUGUGUACUAAAGAUGUGAAAACUCUGCACACAGCAGCACUGUCCAAUGUGGAAAGCCGAUGUUUACUUAUUUAGGAGGAAAAUUUUCUAAGUGUAUGAAGUGUAGCUUGCACAUGUAUCCCACAAGCCCCCUCCAUGUCCCCAAGAGAGAAAUUAUUUAUUUAUCUGUUUAUUGGUUUAAAGACAGCAAAACAAGCUUAGAGGAAAGAAAGCUGGCUUUAGGCAGGAGUUAAUAAAGUGGCACUGGGUUUGUCUUAUGGUUCUUUUUUUAAAUUAUUAUGAUCAUGAUUAUUAUUACAAUAUUAUUGCUAAUUAUUUAUUCUUUUUGUAUGGGUUCCAAGUUGAAUGAUCUCAUAACUAAUAUUUGUUGUAACAGUGAAAGUUGUUUGCCAACAAAUAAAUUACUGACAUAG